AUGGGGACGAGAACAAAUUUCUACAAGAAUCCUUCGUUUGCAUACAACAAGCAUUUCAACCUCAACUCCGUCCUUCAAAACCUCAAUUCUUAUAAUAUUGCCACCGGAAACGCUCCUUCCGACGAAACAGCCACCGUCGUGCAACAGAAGCGCUGCCGCAAGUCGAGGCCACCGCCCGAUCGACAGAAUGAAGCGGAACAUAUUGACGGGCCCAUGUCCCACCAGGAGUAUAUUGCAAAACGGAGGAAGGAAGUUGAUUCAUCUCAACCUUACCAUGAGUUGACUGCAGAUGUGCUGGAAAGUUCUAGUUCAGCUUUGAACUUGGUUGGGUAUGAAAGUGAUAGAAGUUCUUCUGCUGAAUGUGAAGAGGACCAAGAUUCUCCAAGAAAUAAAGAAGAGCAACUGAAUUAUAGGUCUGGAAUGCAGUACUUUCCAAUUUCUGCCUGUGUAGAGAAUGACCAAAUCAAAGCAAGAAGUGAGCAGAGGUAUACUGCUCCAGGAGAACCUGUGUGUGUUGUAUGUGGAAAGUAUGGGGAGUACAUAUGUAAUGAGACAGAUGAUGAUAUAUGCAGCAUAGAAUGCAAAGAUGAACUUCUUCAGAAUAGUAAACUUCAGCAGGAACAGCCAAUUGGCCAAGACCCUCUUGGACCUUUCUCUUCACGCAGAUGUACAUUGGAGGUGCCGGAAUUUGGUGGGGACAGUUGGGAUUUUGACCGCCAUCGCUGGUCCAAGAAGAAAUCUGGUCUUUGCACUUAUGAAUGUUGGAAAUGUCAGAAGCCUGGGCAUCUUGCUGAAGACUGUUUAGCGUCGGCAUCUCAUUCUGAUUUCAGCGCUGCUACUGAAGCAUACAAAACUGUAAUUAUUUUCGUGAUAUAUACACAUGCGAAUUUUUGUUCAUUGUUGAAAUGCAGGUGCCACCAGAUAGGGAAAAAAUAUUUGUCUGCAAAUUGUAACUCGUGUCGUGGGUCAACCUCUUUGGCCGCAUGCAUAAGCUGUGACGCUGCAUUUUGUGACUGUGCAGGUCAUUUGAAUGAACAUAUCAGGGAUAAUCCAACUCAUCAACAAUAUUAUUCGUACAAACUCAAACGUCUGGUCAAAUGCUGUAAGUCAACUUGCAAAGUAACUGGCAUCAGGGAUCUCCUAGCUUGUCAUUAUUGUUUUGAUAAAGCAUUCGACAAGUUUUAUGAUAUGUACACUGCAACUUGGAAACCAUCCGGACUAUCGAUAAUCUGGAAUUCUAUUUGCUGCGAAGAUCACUUUGAAUGGCACCGAAUGAACUGUUCGAGCGCGGGUGUAGAGGACAGUGCCUGCAUUUUGAGACAAAAACAUGCCCCGAAUGAGAAACAUGUGCAACUGAAUGACUUUAUAUUCUGA